CUUUGCCCCCUGACUGGUUGCAGCUUAGCUCUCCUCACUACUACCUUUGUAGUGUCUGAAAUUAUCUUUUUAUUAAUGUGUUACUCUCUCAGUUGCUUUAGCAAUUGGAAAAGGUGCAAGGGAUUUCUAAAAAUCAACUAUAAAGACUUGUUCAUUCACCCCAGAGCUGGCAGACUGAGUAAAUAUGGGCUGAUUUGUAUAUGCUAUGGCAUGUUUGAGUGGUGCUUCCUUCUGUCAUGGUAUGUGCUUGUCUCCUGAUUUAGGACCUUGCUUUAUUCUUCUGAGACUGACUUGUUCAAGCACUCCCUAGUGAAAUCUGGGAAUAUAAAAGCAGUUGUUGGGCUAAAGGACCAGAGGGUAGUGAGCAGCAUCAGGACCCUGCAGGAGCAGCAAGUGGAGUUGGUGUGGCUCUCAGGGACAGGAGGGAGCAAGGACAGGCAGACCCUGAUGCCCCCUGAAGAAACUGUUACAGCCUUUGCUGAAGUAGAAGGGAUGAGAGAGGCCUUGGUGGGCACCACUGCAGCCAACAGCAUCGUGGUGUGGAAUCUGAAAACGGGCCAGCUCCUGAGGAAGAUGCACGUUGGUUAUUCCUACCCAGCUUCCAUCUGCCAUCGAGCAUAUUCCGACUCUGGCCUUCUGUUUGUUGUUUUAAGCCAUCCACAUGCCAAAGAGAGCGAAUCCUGUGGAAACCCAGCGUUCCGCGUGGUGGCCUUCAACCCCAGGACAGGCAGGAGCCGGGGGGUGAUGUUCUCCUCCCUCCCACCGAGCCCUGCAGGGAGGUACCUGGAGGGUGACGUGUGGGACACGGCGGGAGCGGCGGUGCUGACGUCGGGCGCCGUGGCCGUGUGGGACCUGCUGCGGGGCUGCUGCACGGCGCUGCUGCCCCCGGGCCCCGCGGGGCGCUGGGCCCUGGCGCGCUGGGCCACGGCCGGGGCCGGGCUGCUGGCCGGGCAGCGUGAUGGCACCGUCCGGCUGUACCGCUACCGGCAGCCCCAGCCGGGAGCCGCCUGACGGGGCAGGACCCCAUCACCGGUACCCCGAUGCUGCUGGGGCUGCGUGUGCCAGGUGUGUGUGAUGCCAUUAAACGUUGCCUUUGGA